CUCCUCACACUCCAACCUGCUCAUCUCUCAGCUGGACAGUAAGGGCUGUUCAUUCCACACACUGACAACAUGCUGGGGACACUCUGCACUCUCAUCACUGUGCUCUCAUGUGUGAGUGGAGUGAUAGUGGUGACACAGAAGCCUCCUGUUCUGUCAGUGAGUAAAGGAGAUACGGCCACUAUGGACUGUAACCUCGGGACUGAGACUGGUUAUGGUGCUUGGUGGUACAAGCAGGUUCCAGGUGGAGUUCCUCAGUUUGUGCUGUAUUUCCACCAUUCAAACAGCGCUCCCACAUAUGGAGAUGGAUAUUCCUCCCCUCGCUUCACUUCCAAUCACCAGACUAAAUCAGAUUAUCGAUUGAUAAUUCAAACUGUAGAGGCAGGAGACUCAGCAGUGUAUUACUGUAAAACAUGGGACAGCCCUGCUAAAGAGUACGUAUUCGGCCAAGGCACCAAGCUGAUUGUCACUGAUUCUUCUCUUGCUGCGCCUAUCCUCUCUCUCCUGCCUCCAUCCAGCGAGGAGCUGAAGACAAAUAAAGCCACGCUGGUGUGCCUGGCGCAGAUGUCUGUUGGGUUCGCUGAUGUCAGCUGGACAUCGGGCGGGAAACCAGUUACCGGCGGGGUUUUUACCGGCACCGCCGAACAGAAACCCGACAAAACCUUCGGUUUGAGCAGCUUCUUAACCAUCACGCCCUCCGAGUGGAUUACCGACCGCGUCUUUACCUGUAAAGUAUCUGUCGGGUCUAAAACCUCAGAGAAAAGUAUCAAAAAGUCUGACUGCAGCGAGUAAAUUGAGGCUGUUGUGUGACAUUAUUGCUUAUUUUAUUUUUAUUAGCAUGGUUUUCCAUCUGCAAUAGUUUAGCAAUCCAUUAUCAAUAAAUUGAUUUAUGGCAAUACCUUUUUCAGGAAUAAACUUUCAAGUUUAACAUUAUUUUUUGCUCUUAAACCUAGAAAGUGUGUUUGUUAUCUUUGUGAUUGUGAGAUUAAAUAAAUACUGUUGCAUGUUUAAAAAUA